GCAGACCCCCUCGCCAUUGCUCUGACUGGCGGAAAUAUGCGUAUACUUCCCUACUUGAUACGAGCGAUGGUCGGCGCUAUCGCCUUCACGUGUGGCGACAUGUAUGCCGCUUUCAACGAGCGUGGUGUUAUGGUGGGAUUUCAGGGUGGGUUCCGCCGGGGCAGCUGCUCUUUUCGACGUAACGAAGAGCAGAGGGACCGGCUUACGGACUUCAACGCUCGACUGUCAGAGAAAGCGAAGGAAUACUUUCCGAAGGCGAUGGGAGUUGACUUUCCGAAGACGAUUGAUGAGUUCACUGGCAUAGAGAACUGCGAACUGAACACGUACUGGUGCAACUUCAACUUCGUUGCUGCCGAGUAUCAACAGCAGGGUAUCUCGACGGCAAUGACAGAGCUUGCCUACCAGAAGGCUAAGCCUCACGGAUGGAUCAUGGCACUUGCCACUACGCACGUCCGCAAUGUCGCAAUUUACUGUCGUCUAGGCUUUGAACUGAUGGGCUACCGGAACAUGGCUUCACCGUUCGUCGAUUGGCCAGCAUGGAUCUAUAUGAGAAAGCCGUAACAUCACGCCGUGGCUAUUCUAUAAGCUGUGACAAUAUUGACCUUCAGCGAACUCGAGUCCUUGACAUAGUACUUACCAUCAAAUGUAUAGGACCUUCGACUCGUCGCAUCCAGCGUCAAAUAGCCCAUUCUACUGCCAAUCUGUACCACAAACACAACCGACAGUCAGUGGUCAAUGGUCUGGUACUUACAGGUGCCGUUGUCGUCGAAGCGCAGAUGUCCACAGACCAGUGAGGUCAAUGUAUAGAUCGACCAUUGACG